AUGAAGGCAAACCCCUUCCAGCACCGCAUCUGCCAUGUGUUCUCCACCUCGGAGAACAGUGACGACAGCAUGUCCUUUGAAGACUUCCUCGAUAUGCUGAGCGUCUUCAGCGACUCCGCCACCUCGGAGAUCAAAUCCCACUAUGCCUUCCGCAUCUUUGACUUUGAUGAUGAUGGGACUCUGUCCAGAAAGGACCUGGAGAAACUGGUGAACUGCCUGACGGGGCAAGACGAGGAGUCCCGGUUGAAGAGGGGGCAGCCCAUCCAAAACAUCCUGGAAGAGUCCGACAUCGACAAGGACGGCACCAUCAACCUCUCUGAGUUCCAGCACGUUGUCUCCCGCUCCCCGGACUUUGCCAGGUACGGUGGUUUCCAGCAGCACAGCUUGUCUGGGGGGGUCCUGUCUGGGGGGGUUCACCCACCUUGAUGGCUGUGCUGGCGUUGGGGCAGAGCUCUCGGUGGCAGCAAGGCAAGGCUACCCUGUGUGAGGUCUCC